AUGGAGCAGCGACGCACAUCAAGGGCCUGUGAUGCAUGCAAGCGUCGGAAAGUCCGUUGUAAUGGCCAGUCCCGCUGUCAGCAGUGUACGCAUGUCGGCCUGCGUUGCACCUAUGCUUCCACACUCCCGUCACGAUCUCGAAAGAAGUCUCUUGCUAGAGGUUCGGUCAUCGCCGAGUGCAAAACCAUCGGCUUCCAACCGAGUCAAGGAGGCCAACCAGAAGGCACACUCGCCUCGCGCGUGGUCUCCAUAUCUAUACCGGCCUCGAUCGUCUCACAUCCUAAUCCGAGCUUCUUUCAUGAGUUCCUGCACGAAUACGAACGAUAUGUGUACCCGAUGAGCCCGGUUAUUCCAGCAAGCGAGAUUCAGCAUAUGAUCUCAAAGAUGGAUGACAGCCGUGAUAAUGCCUCAUUUGUGUAUAUUUUCGCCGCGGUGACGCUCAACCUGACCCGAGGCGAGCCCGUACAGGAGGCACCCGCCACGCGCGAGCGCAUCGCGACAUUGCUGACUCGCUCACUGGAGCACCGUCGUCCAUUGGGGUUUGACUCCCAACCGACCAUCGUAUCAGUGAUGAGUAGUCUAUUCACAGAGAUGUGCUACGUUGGUCUGCGUCGCCUUGAUCUGGGCUUUUUCUAUCUUCGAGAAGCCAUCUCCCUACUCUACGUGCUACAUGCGCACUCGGACGAGGCAUUAACCGAGUUUGACAUGCCGGAGCGAGCGCGCCUUCAGCGUGCCUAUUGGGAAUGCUUUAUCCACGAGCGCUUUACUGCUCUAACUUAUAAUAGGCCACCGUGUCUGAGCCCAUUACGCGGUCUGCCAGACCACGAUGCAUCACUGCCAGAAGAUACCGAGGCAGGUUUCAACCACACCAUUGAAAAUUUCUGCCUGGUCGACCGAGAGUUCCUCGAAUACUGGCUUGGAGAACGAUCGGGUGUGAGUUCUGAAUGGAUCGAGAAUAAACAGCAACAGCUGGAGGAUAAUUGCUGGCACCAUGAAGUUUCCCAGCUACCAGGGAUGUUGCAGGCAGAUUUGAUCAUUACGCGACACUGGCUACGUACGGUUACUUGGCAGAUUGCUCUGUCAAACACGCUACUCUCCUCCUCGCCUGAUUCAUGUCUACUGCUUUCACUUUCCUUCCCGCUGCGCCUCUCAAACCAGCUACGCCAGUUUCUGGUGACCAUUCCACGCGAUAUGGUGGGAAUUCACGGGUCGGGAAUUCUCGAAAAGCUCUUCGAAAUUGCGAAUGUGAUUACCGAUGUGGUACUGCACCUGCCACAUGCCUCGGGCGAUGAAACAAUCCAGCGAAUUCACGACAUUAUCUUUCUCAAGAACUUUGUAUACUCUUUUGCAGGUUUCCAGAAUCUCCGACCGGCGGUCCUGACGCAGAAGUUUGAGAUGAUUCGUGAAAAGUAUCCAGAAAUCAGGGAGAUUGAGCUUCUGCUCUAG